AUGGACGUCUCAUUCCCAUACACGCGCUACGCGUGCCCAUGCGCCGACCACAUCUCUGCCACGCCAACAUCGCAGCUCGGCAAGAGAAGCUCGCAGGAGGUGGAGGACGACGCACAGGAAGAACACACCUUCAAUCCUCACGAUCUGCGCGCCAACUUCUCCUUGUACCCACUCGAUAAUCUCCUCUUCUGCGACGAGUGCACCAACAUCAAAUGCGAGAGGUGCUGGACCGAGGAGAUACUGUACUGGUACUGUCCAAACUGCUUGUUCGAGGUGCCCAGUAGUACUGUGAAGAGUGAUGGCAACAGAUGUGCACGGCAUUGCUACGAUUGCCCAGUAUGUUCGGCCAGCCUUGCAACCACCGUCAUGAACCGACACUCGGACGCACACUUGAGACCAGACAGCUCAAGCUCACCGGAGACUUACAUUCUGCAAUGUGGGUACUGCGAAUGGAGCUCUCUCGACAUCGAUGUUACUUUCACCAAGCACAACAAGAUCACCGAGCAAUUGAACAAGAUCUGGAAGAGCAGGACUAUGCCCGACGACAGCAAGCAAAACAAGAGCGAUAGCUUGAGCCAUGACACCGCGUUUGCCAAUCUCUCGAGCUUCUACAAGGACCAGUUGAGUGAAUCCGGAGACACCUCGAGCGCAUACACAAAUAGCCCGUACAGCUCUCCCGCUAACCUGGCCAGGAUUAUGAGCCUGUAUGGCGGAUUGUCAUUACAGUCUCAGAAGAAGAUGAAGGAAAAGCCGCAACCCAUGCGCGAGGCUGGGAACCGGAUCGAAGGACUGUCCACAUUCUCGGCGGAAGAUCGACCGGGCGAUGAUGAGCUCUUGCACAGGAUGGGGACGCUGGGCAUGGAUGGCACUGCGCCUCAACAGCAGCAGCUUCAAGCCCCUUCUAACUACGAUCUCAAAUUCAAGCGUGAUCUCUGGCCAACAGCCACCAAGCUCAAGGUGGCAAGAGGCAAGCGGUGUCGGACUUGUCGGCAGUUCGUGGCGCGACCCGAGAACAAAGUCGGCAGUAUGCGAUACAAGGUUCGAUUGCUUGCAAUGCAUCACAUGCCACGGCUGUCGAUCAAGCCUUUGCAGACCACGGCGCAACUACAGCCAGUGAACUCAUUGAAUUUCCACAUGCGACCCGAGCCUAUCGAGCCCGUCGUACUGCAACCUCAUCAGACCGAGCAGUACGUCUUGACAGUCCGCAACCCGAUCUUCGAGGCGAUCAAAGUCACGUUAGCGACCCCAGCUACUACGCCAGGCCGCGUGGCCUCGAAAGUGACCAUCCUAUGCCCAUCCUUCACGGUAGGCGCUGCUGGUGAUCGAUGGGAAGAAGCACUUGCUGAGCCUGCGAUGGGCGUUAACAGCGACGGUAGCAGAAAGGCAGCUAUGGCAUCUCUCACGGGCUCAGCUGACGCUGACCGGCAGCCAGAGGCAGGUAAAGUCUGGGGUCGUUCGAAAAGUGCAACAUCUGUCAUUCUCGAGGUAGUGCCUGGAGCAGUGGAAAGUGCCACGAAGCCACACGCAAACAACGAGAAACACGAGCGGGUGGAUGAAGACGAAGACAUCCUGGAGAUUCCAAUCUACGUCCGCGUAGAGUGGGAGGCAAUCCCUCAUGGAGUGCACGAGCCUGACACGACUGAGCGCGAGACUCGGGAGCUCGCCUAUUGGAGUGUGCUGGGUGUCGGUCGCAUCGCGCGAGGUUGA